AGAGGAGAACUUUUACUCGGUUGAAGAUUGCAGUAUGAGAGAGCUGGUGAUAUUAGCAGCUUUGGUCUCGGCUCUACACGCGGCCAGCCUCCAUAAAGACAGUGAUGUAAGGUACAAGUGCCAGGAAGAUCAGGACAAAAAUGUUACGUCAGCUGCCGAGCGGUUCAUUAAUGAACAUCACCGCCAUGGAUACAAAUUCAAAUUUGUCUCGCUGGACAGUCGCACUGCAGAGAAGAAGAUGGAUCCUUGUGAGGUCGUCUUGGGAAUUACCUUAGAGGAAACUGAUUGCCACAUUGCCAGUCCCAAACCUGUAGAUCAGUGUAUGACUAGAAGCGAAGCGCAGACGAAAGUGACCGCAAAAUGUAAUGUGACUGUCUCCAGCGUUAAGGGAAAGGCAGCCGUGAAGCGCUACAUCUGUGACACUGAAGCAGCUUCACAUAAAAUACUUGUGACAAAAUGCCCUGACUGCCCCAGUCUACUGCCCUUGCAUGAUCCGAAGGGUCUGGAGAGUGUGCAAACUGCCCUGCAGAAAUUCAACAAGGAAUCCAGUCAUGCAUCUUACUUUAAACUGCUGGAAGUGGGAAGGAUCAGCACACAGUGGAUGAGUUUCGGUCAAAGCUUUUUUGGUGAAUUUGCCAUUAUGGAGACAAACUGUUCAAAGGAGGAAGCAUCCAAGAGUCCAGAAGCAUGCAAGGCUUUAUGUGGGGAUCAGGCUCGGUAUGGGUUCUGUGAGUCCUCUAAGGUCGGAACUCCGGUAAAAGGGGUUGAACGUGUAGACGUGGAAUGUAAAGUUUAUGAAGCUCAGAACUUAACUCAUCCAAUGCAACACCCCGCUCAGUCAAAGAGAGACUGUAAAUUCCAUGGGCUUCCACCCCACCGCCAUCCAGGACAUCAACCAGGGCAUGAUCACCCCCAUCGCCCGGGACAUGCAGGGCAUGGCCACAAGGACAAAACACCUGACCAAGGGGGCCGUCCAGAACAUGGAGGCCAUGACCACAAAGAGAAAACACCUGACCAAAGGGGCCGUCCAGAACAUGCAGGCCAUGACCACAAAGAGAAAACACCUGACCAAAGGGGCCGUCCAGAACAUGCAGGCCAUGACCACAAAGAGAAAACACCUGACCAAAGGGGCCGUCCAGAACAUGCAGGCCAUGACCACAAAGAGAAAACACCUGGCCAAAGGGGCCGUCCAGAACAUCCACACUGUCCAAAAGGCCCUUCAGGGUUUCCAGAAUCAGCAUCUGAGGGAUAUCAUGAAUUCCCAUGCCAUGGCUUUGUAAAAAUACCCCCCUCUGUUUAUCCAAUCUGCCCCUUCCCUCCACCACGUAUCUGUUCAGGCCCUCCAGACCUUGUACUCCGUCCUUCUAUUCCUCCUCCUCCUCAGUAACUAACACUAAAAUCUGCUGAGGAACAUCCAGAUGUUAUCCCAUGUUGCAGGGUUUGAAAGGGAAAAUAUUCAAAACUGAACAACAGAAGAGUGUAAAUGUCUCCAGUCCAAUAAAUACUCUUUAUUGA